AACUACGUUUCUAGACUUGAUUGGAGCUUUUGAUCAAAAGAGAUUGGCCGUCGCCAGGGCAACAGAGUUGAAUUUUCUCCCCACCCAGGCUAUCGGCAUUCUCGCCGCGAUAGGUUUCACAUUCACUCAACUCAAGUCCGAACUCCGUAGGUGGAACACGACGAGACGAUCAGCCCGAAAUUUCUUCUGCGAAUGAGAGAUGAGGAACGUCAAGACGAUUUUGCUCUUCACGGCCUUCUGCUCGACCGUCUCGAUCCUCCGAUGCGAAAAAUCCGACAAGGACAACGAAUCGGAGAGCGAAUUCUUCGUUGCCACCAACGAAUGGAAACCGAUUAAGAAAGAUCAAGCUAUUCCGAGAGGCUUACAUGUCCGCAUGAAUCUCAACACGGGUGAGAGAGAGGCGAAACUCAUCGACCCGAAUGAGCAAGUGGACAAAAACAAAGGUCUGUCACAUGUCAGCCAACCAGACAAUAUCAAUCUCUCCUGGGAGGAUUUGAAAGACGUUUUGUACAAGAUGGAAGAAAAGAAUAUCCCGCCUUUGCCGGACAACCAAGAGGAUAUAGACAGGGUGAAGAAAAAGUUCCGAUCUUACUUUGAGUUAAAAAAAGAACUCGGUGAUGUCAACAUGGACAUGAAAACAGAAAUAGAAGUGAUAGGCCAAUUGAUUGAAGAAUACAAGGAUUUGACUGGGCGCAGGCAUGAAGGACAUGUCGACAAGAAGGAACUCGAACACGAAGAAGGCCUGUUAAGCCAUCUCGAGUAUCUUUUGCAUCAGACGGACAAUGCUAAUUAUUUUAUGAAAUCCAACGGGAUCAAGGAGGUCGUUUUUACUUCUCUCAAUUCGACAUCAUGGCGAGUCAGAUAUGAAGCAGCAAAGCUUUUCGGCUCUGCUGUCCAAAGCAAUCCUAAAGUACAAAUAGGUGCGCUGGAAAAUGGAGCGAUACCCGUGCUAUUAAGGACUUUAGUGUUAGAUUCUCACCCUAAAGUUAAAUCAGGAGCCCUUUAUGGUCUCUCUUGCCUCAUCAGAUGGUUUCCAUUGGCACAGGGGCAGUUUUUAGACAACGGGGGCUUGAAGGCUUUAGUCAAGCAGUUUGACUCUGAUACAAGUGAUCAGCUUAAAAUUCAGGUCAAAGCACUGAAUCUUAUAAACGACCUCAUAGUUGAAAUUCAACACUCCGAGUCUCAGAAAGAAGACAUGUCACAGAAGUCGAGCUUCGAGCAGGCUCAGGCCAAAGAGCUUGAGCGACAGCAGAAAUCACUGCGGCUCAAAGAACGCCUGAUAGAGGAAGGCUGGUGCGAAGCGCUGAUAAAUGUGCUGUUACGCCACCCAGAUGACUUUGAGCUUGUUGAGCUGGUGGCCACCAGUAUGAUAAAUAUCGCUAAGCCGUGUGCCCCGACAUUCUAUCAGCAUGGGCCAUUUUUAGUUAGCAUGGCGGAAAAGUUGAAAAACCUUAUAGGCCAGGAGGAUCAAGACUACAUGUGGAUCCAUGCACUGUUCAUCAAACUUAGUCAACUGAUGACAAGGAAAAAUGAUGAGUUACCUCAAGAGGAAAUCUCAUCGUGGGAUGCAAUUAAGGCAAAAUUAACAUAUUUUUUCCACUCUUAUGAAAUUGUUCAAGCAACCGAAAGUACCGAUUGACCACUUUCAUUUUAAAUUAAUGCAAUAUUUCAACACUCUUCAGUUUUUUAAGGAAGAAAAUACCAAAAGGUAUAUUAUGUUAUUUUAAUUUUUUAAAUUAUAUUUUUUCAAUAAGCAAUAAAUUUACUUUUAGAAAGUAUUUUUAAAAUACAUCAUACACCUAAUGAUGUUGAUUGAUAAGUUAUUAAUUUUACCAUUAAAAAAUGGACAUUGCAACUAAGAAACGUUAAAUUCCAGCAAUAAAUAAAAAGUUCAUCAUGAUUGGGUUGAUGUAAAUUUUUACAAGUUUCUAACUGAAAAUUGUUAAAUUUUUGUAUGGAAAAAUGAAUAAAAUAUUGUUUAAAAAAAUAUUAAAGCCUAAACGCUGGCUAUUAAUAAAUAUGGGCAGUUGUAUAAGUGUAAAUAGUUUUCUGUGAUAAAAUCUUUAAUAAAUGUGUUAUUUCAAUUUUGUCAUCAUGGUUCUUGUUUGAAACAGAGCCCUUAAAUGUGCCUAAUUAAGGCUUAUGGUGCCACAUAAAAAUUGGCCAAGAGCUUGGUGUUUGUCAAAUAAGAUUGACAUCAGAUUAAUUGAUGUUUGUUAAAUUUAAUAAAUUAAAGUUGUUUUGUUA